AAACUCGUUUUAUGAGCUCAUUUCUCUCUUCCACACACACACACAAACACACAGAGCCGGAGAAACGAGUUUAAGCGGAACACUACAGACACACAGAAAAGGCGCGCGCCUUUAAUCCCGUUCUUCAUUCACGGAAACGCAGAAACCCGUCGUGAUGUUUCCCGAAUCAUCCGCAGGGUACAGUUAUGAGGAGUGUAAGGCCACAGCUGAUUGGCUGCUGGCUCAGGCUCCAGUGCGCCCCCUGCUGGGGAUCGUGUGCGGCUCCGGUCUCGGAGGACUGGCAGAAAUGCUGAAAGAACCGCUGGUCAUCAAGUACAGCGACAUCCCGAGCUUCCCUCAGAGCACCGUUCACGGUCACGCUGGACAGCUGGUGUUCGGCACGCUUAAAGGAACGCCGUGUGUUUGCAUGCAGGGCAGGUUUCAUCUGUAUGAAGGAUACCCCAUUCAGAAGACCACGAUGCCGAUCCGUGUGUUUAAGCUGAUGGGUGUGGAGACGGUCAUCCUGACCAACGCCGCCGGCGGACUCAACCCGGACUUCACUGUGGGCGACAUCAUGGUCAUCAAAGACCACAUCAAUAUUCCUGGAUUCGCUGGAAACAACCCGCUGGUCGGAGCAAACGACGAGAGGUUCGGCGAGCGGUUCCCGUGUAUGUCGGACGCGUAUGACCGCGGUCUGCAGCAGCUGGCUCACGCGGUCGCGGCGGAGCUGGAUUACUCUUCCUUCAUGCAUGAAGGUGUGUACAGUGUGUUGGGCGGCCCGUCCUUCGAGACCAUCGCCGAAUGCAGAAUGCUGCGCUCCCUCGGAGCCGACGCUGUGGGCAUGAGCACGGUUCACGAGGUGAUCGUGGCGCGUCACUGCGGGAUGAGGGUCCUGGCUCUGUCUCUGAUCACCAAUCAGGCGGUGAUGGACUACGACAGCGAGAAGAAAGCCAAUCACCAGGAGGUCCUGCAGACAGGCAAACUGAGAGCGCAGCAGAUGGAGAAACUCGUCUCCACCAUGGUCUCCCGCAUGCAGCUGUCAAACAACCAACUCUAAAGCACUGACCCACACGCAGACCGCCAGACGCUCGCUGACCACACGGACACUAUCAUAGAUUUUCCCUUUACGGUGUUUAUAUUUCAGGGACAAUGGGAACAUAAUUGCCUUUUCCUGCCCCUAGAGGGCAGGCAGAUAAAUAAAUAAAUCAACACACAUACACACACAUGUAACACCAUCAUACCUGAAUGAUGAAUGGAGAGAUUUUAAACUUCAAAGUUAUUCUGGUUUAAACUGAUUAUUUUAAUAUGUAUUUAUUGUGUCCAAAUGUCUUAAACGUGAUUUAUUUAAAACCUUAGUUAAACAAGUGGGAAAUAAUACAUAAACAUGUCCAGUCAUGAAGAAAAUUGGGAUUUUUGUUUUGUUUUUGAAUAUAUAUAUAUAUAUAUAUAUAUAUAUAUAUAUAUAUAUAUAUAUAUAUAUAUAUAUACAUAUAUAUAUAUAUAUAUAUAUAUAUAUAUAUAUAUAUAUAUAUAUAUAUAUAUAUAUAUAUAAAUGUUUAAAAGAAGAAUGUUACUGAAUUCACUGUAAGGUACUGAACUGAAGAUUAAUGUAUUUAUUUGACCUAUUUAUGUAAAGCAGCUUAAACUAUAAGGUUUUUGAAGUUGUUUUAAAUUGCACUAAAUGAUGGAGUAUUUUGGUGUUUUAUGUGUCAGUUUUAAGAUCUGAAUUGCUGUUUUACUGACUUUUACCUGCACUUUCCCCAAAGACAUUUAUUUAAUUGACCUGAACGUUGAAAUUGCACAUCAAGCUUUUACAGAUGUUCCUGUGUGAUCUGCGUCAAUGCAAUAAAAAAUAAUGUUGUACCAACA